GUGCAGCCGAAUCGAAUGAUCCUAGCGAAACCAAAAGAAAAAAAGGAAAAUAAAUAAAAAAGUGUUGCUCACCGGAGUUUAGGUUAGUCGGUGAAUCAAGGAGGAUAUUAUUUGGCCUCGUGUAUGUGUGUACAUGGGAUUCAUGCAGAUGUCGAGCAAAUAGUAAGCAGCGGAGGUAAAGGUUCAUAUUCCUCGGGAGGAAGAGGAAGCACAUAAUGGUGUUUCCAUUGAUGAUUGACCACUGGGUUAAAUAUUAAUGUUAAUUAUGAAACAAUUGUGAGUAAAUCGGUGUCAGUGAAUCAGGGAGUGGAGGUUUUUUUUUCGGGGAUAAGGAGUGAUUGGCAAAAAUUGUCAUAACCGUCACCGGUGAGGAAAGAGGUGUAAAAAUACAAAGGAAAAUAAUUUUUUGAAGUGUUCAAAUAUUUCUAGUGACUCAGGUGUAUUGUAGGAGAGAACAUUGAGUGGGAAUAUUUAUUUAGGACAAAGAUAAUUUUUUGGGUAUUAUAAGUACAGAGUAAAAGGAGCUAUCAAGGGAUAUUCCACGUUUUAUCAUCAGUGGUAGAGAUUUAAGGUUUCGUGGAAAUGAUGAUGAGUUCACAUUAUGUAAUAAUUUAUGGUUGAUAGGGGGAAUGUUAUGGUGGAUAAUCACUGUCCACGUGAAGGCUACUCGAUUCUUUACAACGGGUGGCAUUUUCCAAAAAUGACCGACUCAUCUCCCUCUUCCUCAUCAGCUUUUAUCAACCUAGCCAAUAACAUCGUUACCCUUGUAAAAUGCAUCCUGCGAACAGGAUUUGUUAUAAUAAACAAUGUCUACUGUAUUCCAACGUAUGUCGUGUGGAUGAUGCUGCUAUUCCCGGUGAAGGUUUAUCAUCCGCAGAUGUAUUGGAGGAUAGAGGGCUUAUUUUUUCACUGGCUGUUGGCCAUGGUGUCCAUGUGGACUUGGUCCGCCGGUUAUGAUAUUAUUGAACAGGGCGAUGAUAUUCAUCGUAUCGUGAGUGAUAGAACUUUGGUCAUAGCGAAUCACCAGAGCACAGGAGAUGUGCCGAUACUAAUGACAACCUUCAACGCUAAACCCAAUGUUCUACCCAAUCUCAUGUGGAUCAUGGACAGUAUAUUUAAAUUCACUAAUUUCGGUGUCGUUUCGAUGCUUCACCAGGACUUCUUCAUCUCCUCGGGUCGAAAACGGAGAGAGGAAAGUCUCAGGCAAUUGGAGAAACAUCUGGAGGAGGCUUAUGUGCCACGUGAACGCAAGUGGAUGGUACUUUUCCCUGAGGGGGGAUUUUUGUGUAAGAGACGUGAGACGUCACAGAAAUACGCCAAAAAGAAUAAUCUACCGAUACUUGAGAAUGUUACCCUACCCAGGGUAGGUGCUAUGCGUAUGGUAUUCGAAAAACUUGGCCCAGCCCAAAACAACAACUCUGAUCUACAGUUAAACACCAGAUCAAGUUCGACCAUAGCUAGACCCGAAAUUAGUUGGGUUCUUGAUAUAACGAUAGCCUAUCCUCAGGGUAAACCGAUCGAUUUGCCAACGAUCGUUACGGGGUCAAGGUCACCCUGUGAAACCGUCCUUUUUUACCGAUUGUAUCCCAGCUCGGUGGUACCUAGGGACCCGGAGCUAUUAUCUAAAUGGUUGUACGACAGAUGGGUAGAGAAGGAGACACUUUUAGAUAAUUUUUACAAAUACGGAUCUUUUCUUGGCCCCUGUAGAUCAACCAAUGAAGGAACAAAAAUACAACAAGAUCCACUGAGAUAUCUAGUUCUUCACCUUUUCUUCAUAACAUCUAGUUAUAUACAUUAUAAUAUAUUUUCGUAUGUAUUAUCGUGCAUUUGGUGAUGUGUCAUGAGUUAACUUUCAGUCAUUGAGAUUGCAGUGGUAAGGAGAAUUUUUAUUGUUUAGUGCACUACUCAGUGUGAUAAUGAAAUUGAACCGUGUUCAAUCGCUUACCAAAAUGAAUUAUCAAAAUUGCACUUAAACUGUUAAAAGAAUGAAAUUCACUCUCAAAAGACAAUUGUCUUGUUAUCACUUUUUUUUAUUCUUGUUAUAAAAAUUUCAAUGAUGAUUGAAUUGAGAAUUGACGUUUGAGUUUUGAGAGUUAAAUUUAAGGAACAAAAUGAAGGAAAUCACGUGAACUGUGGCCUAUGUGGUGGAAUUUAAUUAACGAGAAAUGAAUAAAAAUUGGUCCAAUCGUAUGAAUAACAGCGUAUCUAAUUAAUUGCCUUUUGAGGAAUACUAAUCGUUGUAAUGUUUCUGGUGAGAUGUCUCAUUCAGAGCGAUACUCAAUGAAUUGUUGUAACAAUUGGAGACAUUAUCACUCAAUUUGUUUUUUUUUUUCAUAAAGAAACCCAGUGCCUCGAAGCUUGUCUGAUUUACAAUAAAUUGGAGUUUGAACACUUAGUAUUUUCAGUUAGAAUGAUUACGAAGAAGAAUUAGUUUGUGAUACACUGAAAUAGAUAUGGAGUGGAGAUGAUUUUGAAACGAUGAGAAGGAAGGGGAAAAUUAAUAAUAAUCGUUAACGAUAAGGCAACAUGGAGAUAUAACAUAUUUUUUAAACUCAACGUUUGACGACGACUGUAGUUUUUUCUAUGAAAUCUUCACCACAACAUUCAAAUUUUCCCCCCUGUGAAAUUUUAAGAGCGAAUUUUAUAUGAAUUAUAUGUAUUGUACACCGUGUAUGUACGCAUGUACGUAUGUAAGUAUGUAUAGAUUAGCUGUAAUCAUAUUCACAUGGCCGAGCGAUAGGUGUCAUUGAAUCAAAGUCUCUGUCUCUCAAUGUUGGAGAAUAAUUGGUAAUACAUAAGGUGAAAAGUGGUGUACGUGGAUAAUGUGUGUAUUUCCAUUGGACUGUUGUGCACAAAAAAAAAAUAAUGAAGAGGAUUGGAUUGUGAAGACAAUAGACUGUCGCGUUAUUUAGGUAGUAAGGGGUAAUUUAUUAAAAAUUAAUCGCUGGAGAGCGUCUGUGGUGGAUAAUGGUGGGAGAGCACUCGAAGUGGGAAUCUGUAAAAAUUAAUCAAAUAAAAUCAAGUGGACGUGGA